AUGGCCACUAUGGGCAGCACGGUGGAAACGAUGAACAUCGAUACACCGGAGCUGCUCCUCAGAGAGAAAAAAGCUCAGAAACCCCGAGAAAAUUUAGAAACGAUCGAACUUACAGAGGGGUCCGAGAUGUGUGUAAAGCUGGGGGUAGAUUGGCCAAACGAGCACCGGGAGGCUAUCAUAGCUCGGAUAAAACAGUAUGUGCAGGAGUUUACCAACAAGCCAGAAGAUAUUGGGGGGGUAGACCCUAAGAUAAUCUCGUACAAGUUAAACGUGGAUGCUAAAUGCAAGCCUGUCAAGCAAAAGAAAAGAACUUUCUCUCUAGAGAAACAGAUCGCUAUCCGAGACGAAGUGGAAAAGCUUUUGAAAGCUGGAUUCAUCAGGAAAGUAGAUUAUCCGGAGUGGCUGGCUAAUGUGGUUUUGAUCAAGAAGUCCAACGGUAGAUGGAGGCUUUAUGCUUCUCAGGGAUAUCACCAGAUCCCGAUGAGUAAAGAUGACGAAGAAAAGACAGCUUUCACAACGGAUCUGGGGACUUAUUGCUACGAGAAAAUGCCUUUUGAUCAACUGGGCAAGAACGUCGAGGUUUAUGUAGAUGACAUAGUCGUGAAAUCCAAAGGGAUCGAGGAUCACGCAGAGGAUCUGGCAGAAACUUUUGAAAAGCUAAAGGGUUUUAACCUCAAGCUGAACCCGGAAAAGUGUGUUUUCGCAGUCCGCUCGGGGAAAUUUCUAGGGCACCUCAUCUCGGAGAAAGGCAUAGAGGCGAACCCGGAGAAAAUCGAGGCAGUAAUGAACAUGAAAGCACCCAGCUCGUGGACAGAGGAGUGCAACACAGCUUUUGAAGAGCUGAAGGUUUACCUCAGCACACCCCCGGUGCUAGGUAGACCUGAGCCUGGGGAAAUCUUAUAUUUGUAUCUCUCGGUGAAUGACGAGACAGCAGCGGCAGUCCUGGUGAAGGAAGAUAAGGUGGCGGCGGAAAAGCUAAGGAGAUAUUUCGAGGCUCACAUCAUUGUAGUACGUACGAACCAACCUCUGAGAAAGGCGCUGCAGAGGCCAGAGAUGUCGGGACGGCUGGUCAGCUGGUCGGUCCAGCUGGGAGGAUAUGACAUCCGGUAUGAACCGAGACCGGCUCUGAAAGCACAAGUAUUGGCAGAUUUCAUAGCCGAGACCACAGCAAGCGACCAACCUGAGGAACCUGAUGAACAACUUCUACGGUGGGUCUUAGAAGUCGACGGGGCAUCAAAUCUGGAAGGAUCUGGGGCAGGCGUAGUCUUGAAAGGCCCUCACGGAGUCACACUCCGAAGCUCGGUAAAAUUCGAUUUCCCGGCAUCCAACAUUGCCGCGGAAUAUGAGGCUUUGUUGAUCGGAUUAAGAAUGGUAAACGUGGUCAAGGCCGAGCACGUAACAAUAAGGAGUGAUUCUCAGUUAGUCGUUUGUCAAAUCCUGGCCAAAGCAGCAACAGUGAACGAAAAGAUACCGGGGGUCCAUUUCUCUGUUCAAAAGCAUUCCAGUAUCGACAACCAUGAAACCAUUUUUCUAACUCAGCCUUUGGAAAAUUGGAUGCAAGGCAUAGCCCACUACCUGAUGGAUGGAACUCUACCAGAAAACAGAGACAAAGCCUACAAAAUCUUGCGACAAGCUCCGUACUACGCGUUCCUCGACGGAAUCUUAUACAGGAAGUCAUUCACCCACCCGUGGUCGAGAUGCUUGACAGCAGAGGAAGGGGAAUAUGUGCUGAGAGAAAUACAUGAAGGUAUCUGUGGGGCACACAUAGCUCCUCGCAUGUUAGCAAAGAAAGCAGUGUUGCAGGGCUACUACUGGCCCCUAAUGGUCAGGCAAGCAGAGGAGAUAGUAAAGAAAUGUGAAAACUGUCAGAGCCAUCAGAACAUCCGACAUGCUCCCACCACAGAGCAGUGUCCUAUUACCAGUCCUUGGCCAUUUGCAACUUGGGGAAUUGACAUCCUGAGUCCUUUCACACCAACCACGGGGCAGAAAAAGUUCUUGAUAGUGGCAGUAGAUCACUUCACAAAGUGGAUCGAGGUAGAGGCAGCGAGUACCAUCACAGAAGCUCGGAUCAGGGAUUUCUUCUGGAGACAAAUCGUGUGUCGUUUCGGUAUACCCAGAGCGUUGGUAACUGACAACGGAAAGCAGUUCAACUGUCGAGCCUUCAAGGAAUUUUGCAACGACUUGCACAUUGACCUGCGAUUCACUUCGGUAGUUCACCCGCAAAGCAAUGGGAUGACCGAAGUAACCAACCGGACGAUCCUAAAAGGGCUUAAGGCCAGACUAGGGGAGUUCGAUAGACAGUGGCUGGAAGAGCUACCAAAGUUCUUCGAUGAGGCUAAGAACGAAGAAGAACAGAAGUUAUGCCUAGACCUGCUGGAAGAACGGAGAGAGCAGGCAGCGCUGAGAAUUGAAGCAUACAAACAAAGAAUGGCUAAGUAUCAUAACAAGAGAGUUAAACCCCUGAGUUUCCAAGUUGGCGAUCUGGUCCUGAGACGGGCAGACAUUGCUAAGGGAAAUGUUGGAGUGGGAAAGCUCGAACCCAAUUGGGAAGGCCCCUAUCGAGUCACUGAGGUCGGACGAGCAGGAGCUUACAAGAUAACACACAUGUCGGGCAGAGUUAUCCAGAGACAACAGGUUACCCACGCCGAAUAA